AUGUACGCACAUUCGUCGGGUGGAAAGAAGAAACCAUCAAUGGCUGCGGCGGCCGUAGUUAACGCAAUGGCUUCAAGAGGGAACACACUAGCGGGCACAAACACGGGCACUACGGGCGCAAAUGCAAAACGAUCCGCUACUUUGCCUCGAGAAGAACGUCAUCAGCAUCACGCA